UGCGUACGUUUCCUUCUCGAAGCGCGUCGAAGGGACGCACGUACGACGUUCUUUUCGUACGUAGGAAGUCCUUAGUGGUCCUAGUUCUCGCGCGCGUAGCAAACGGCGCGCUCGUGAGUGGCGCGUACGCUACACCUCUCCCCGCCUACUAGACUCUCGAAGAGCGUGAUUGGUCGACGAUCGUAGGAGCGAGUGGUGGGGGUUGGCCGGCGUAGUGAUACCCGGCCGGCCGAGACUUGCGGCAGAGCCCUCGCACACCGAUAGAGAACGGUGGACUCCAUUGCUGUCCUGAGUGCGUUUCUCGUCGGCCGCUGGUGUCGUAUCCGCUGUGUCUCUGUCUCUAUUUCUCUGUCCGGUAUAUCUCUUGUCUCUGCUCUCUACGCCGCGCCCGCUCGCGCACGCAGCUACACACAAAUACUUUUCUCCUUUUAUUCUCGCUUGCUUCAAUUCCCUCUGCGCAAUUAUAAUACGUCGUACCGUUACGAAGAGGACAAUAUUGUGAAUAAUACCGCUCGCUCUCUUCCUGUGUCUAGUGUCCCAUACGGGUAAAGCUCCGUAACUUUCUCGAAGGAGCCUGAGAAGAAGCGAAAAGUAAUGGCCGACCAACUGACGGAGGAACAAAUCGCAGAAUUCAAGGAGGCAUUUUCGCUAUUUGACAAAGAUGGCGAUGGUACUAUAACUACCAAAGAAUUGGGUACCGUUAUGCGAUCUCUUGGUCAAAAUCCCACGGAAGCUGAACUUCAAGAUAUGAUUAACGAAGUGGAUGCAGAUGGUAAUGGCACCAUCGACUUCCCGGAAUUUUUGACCAUGAUGGCACGCAAAAUGAAAGAUACUGACAGUGAAGAGGAGAUAAGGGAGGCGUUCAGAGUGUUUGAUAAAGAUGGUAACGGUUUCAUAUCCGCGGCAGAACUUAGACACGUCAUGACAAAUCUUGGAGAAAAGCUUACCGACGAAGAGGUCGACGAAAUGAUUCGAGAGGCUGACAUCGAUGGAGACGGCCAAGUUAAUUACGAAGAAUUCGUCACAAUGAUGACAUCAAAGUGAAUGCAACCAGUAUAAUGGAAGAACUUGCGACUUGAAGUGGUGUUGACGUACUAAAUAAAAAAAAAAAAAAAAAAUAAAAAAAAAUAAAAAAAAAUCAAGAUGCAGAGUAUAAAAUAUAUGUAAAACACAAAAUGCGAACCAACCAGAAAGUGAAAAACAAAACCUUGUAUCCGGAUGUGAAGUCUACAUAUAUAUAUAUAUAUAUAAAAAAUCCGCGCGGAAGGUCAACGCCCGAUACGCGUUAAUCAUCUCGUUGUCGAUAAGUAAAAAAUACAGGGCAAAUCAACUGUUUAAAGAGCUAUACCGCUAAAAUCAUUAUCUCUGUCGAGCAUAUAUACUUACAAAAUACAUAACACACACACACACACACACACACACAUAAAUACACUCGCACUCACACAACACACACACAUGAACAGGUAAAAACAAUUAGAAAAAAUACAUACGCAUAUAACAUAUAACACACAUGUACACAAAUACACCCGCACAGUCGUUUUAUUUCUGUUCAACAAUAACACAAGAAAAAAAAUUGAGAAAGAAAGAAAAAAAAAAUUAAAAAGUGAUAUACAUUUAAACGUAAGAUGCAUAGUUGUGCGCUUAUGUUCUCUAAUUAUAAAAGAAAGAAACUUAUGAAGAGAGAAAGAGAAGUGCAUUUCCUUUUCAUCUCUAUCCGUUUUUCCACACUCGUUCUAUCUAUCUCUUCCUCUUUAAACUCUUUAAAUUGUAAAUCUUAUUAUUAUAUCUGUGUCACACAUAUAUUUUCCUUCUCCUAUAAGCCUUUUACCUUUUACUACUACUCAUCUUCAUUUUCAUUGUCACAUCAAUAAAAAAAAAAAAAAAAAAAAUUAAAAAAAAAAUUAAAAAAAAAAUUAAAAAAAAAAAUUUUAAAAAAAAAUUAAAAAAAAAUUAAAAAAAUGCACGUUGGAAUAGUGAAAAAUUUUGGUAAAAUGAAGGAGAGAAAUGCGCCCAGAGGAAAAAAUGAACCAGAAGAAAAAGAGAUAGAAAGAGGAAGAAAAGAAGGAUAGAAAAAGGAAGAAACGCUAUGUAGCGUUAUAUUAUUGCAUCGCAGUUUUACUUACCGCGUGUACAUCUGUCGAUUUUAUUUUAAUUAACGAAGUUUGUAGUGACUGAGAGAGUUAUGGGAUAAAUAUCCUGCAAGUGUGGUAAAUUCCACUACGAAAAUAUGUAUGAAUAGCAUAACUAUAUCUUUUAAUAAGGAGACUUCGGUCUGGACCUCAUUUUCUAGGGAGAGAGAAAAAGAGUAUAAUAUAGAGAAAAAGACAGCGAAGAAAUCUGAGUUGUGUGUGUCGAUUAUCUUUAAAAAAAAAAAAAAAAAAAAAAAAAAAAAAGAAAAAAGAAAAAAAAAUAAUAAGAAAGAAAAAAGAGGAUAUCCGCCGAUAAGUAGUGGCACAUCGUGUACUACUAAGUAACACCUUUAGCUUGCGCGUCACUAUAGAUUAUAUGAUAAUUUAUAUAAGAAAAAUGAAAAUAUAUACAUAGCAGUGGAAGAUGGCAAGCAGCACUUCUUAUAGAUCUCAAAUAAUGAUACAUUUUUUGGCACCUUGUCUCCUUCGAAAUUGAUUAAUUGUCUACGUCAUGCGAGGAAUCGUGUUAAUAAGGAAAACAAUAUAAUAAUAAUAAUAAUAAUAUAAUAAUAAUAAUAAUAAUAAUAAUAAUAAUAAUAAUAAUAAAGAAAUUAUAACAAAAAAAAAAAAAAAGAAAAAAAAUGAAGAAGUAAAGAGAACAUUACUUGUAUCGCGGAUUAGUUAGAAAGCUCCAGAUCGAGAUCUCUGCGUUCCUAUGGAUAAGCUUCUUUUUUCCCUGUGCUUUUUCACGUUGCGUCUCGUUUCGCAUUCGUAACGCGUUUACAAGUCGCACGUGCACGUACAUAUUACACAUACGACAUAUACGACACAUACACAUUACAAACACGUAGAGAGAUAGAGAGAGAGAGAAAGAAAUUGUGAGAGAUUGAGAGAGUAAGAGAGAGAGAGAGAGAGAGAACAGUUACCAUGCAUAUACAUACAUAUACACACACGCACACUUAUAUAGAAAAAGAAAAACAUAGAAAAUUAAAUUACAGUAAAACAAAACAAUAACAACAACAACAACACAUUAUACAACAUUUAAUAACAAAGUGUGUUUUAUCUCCGGUUCCGUAUAAUCUCCUGUUUUUAUCUUGCCUUCCAUCGAGGAAACCUCAUAAUAACACUCGUGCGCAAAAACCAUCUCACGUCGACACCACUUUUGUUGGAUAAAAAAGGAAAAAAAAGUUUAAAUGGAUAAACAGGGGAUGAUGAUGAUGAUGGGGUGUUAAAAGGAAGUCAAGCUACACAAGUGAUCGGUGCAUUGCUUUUCUUCGCCCAUGGGUGCGUCGUGUCAGUCUCGUUAAGCGGAGAAAGAAAGAAAGAAAGAAAGAAAAGAAA